GAGGGACACCGCACAACUCCCAGAUCGGCAAGAGUAGUAGUUUUUUCUCAAAAAGAAAAGAGAAAGAGCUCAUCGGCGAUGGCGGCGGCGCUUCGAAUUGCCGGGCGAAGGCUCAUCGGCGCCCAACGGCUGCAGUCCAAGGUAGUUUACAAGUCGGUAGUCUCGCCGCUGAUCGACAAGGAGCGGCGCCAGCUGCUGCCAAGUCUCGUCCCCGGCGGUCGUCAAUACGGCAUUUUACCUCUCCGAUCUAUGUCCUCCACCUCCUCUGGUGGCGCUGAUGCCUACACACCAAAGUUUAAUCAGCAACCCAGUGCAGAACCUGACCCACAUGAACCUAACCCAGUGCUUGACCCUGAGGGAGCAUGGGCCUAUCGUCGGAUAAUGGAGAUCGAAACUAAGAAGCAUGAGCUUUUCUACCUGCUGGCUGGCAUGAUCAAGAGAUACCCGGGUAAUAAGUACUCGAAAAUUAACAAUGAGCUGCCCCACAAUCUUUUCCCACACAUCGUGCCUAAUCCCAAUGACCCCAUCUGGCGGUACUGCCGAAUGAAAGAAAGAAUCAAUAAUAGCUUGGUUUAUGGAAUUCCUACAAUGAUGGCAGCUUGGAUGUAUCUGGAUUGGGAUGGUUGGCGAGACUUGUUUAUCGAUCUUCUUAGUCGUACAUAAGCACUAGCCAUGUUAUCUACUGUUAUCACUCGAUGAUGAGUGGCAGGGGAGUAAGUUUUCUUGCAAUACACUUUGUUUUGGCUGAAUGUAAGGAACUGCACUUUUUUCUGAAGCUGUCUCUGCUGCAGUUCUUGAACAAAAGUGCAAUUUCUCGCAUCAGGCCAACAUAAAGUGUACGUUGUAAAGAAAUAUACCUUUAUUAGUACUAGCACAAUAGCAUGAACCGCUCUCAUAUAUUGGUUGUAAUAACAUAUUAUAUUAUGGGAUUUCUGUAAGCCUAAUGGUUCGUGAUAUACGUGUAGUUAUGUUGAUGGAUAUUGUAAGCUGGGUACCUGUUUAUCUCUAAUGCUUAAAUAUUUUUUAAAAAAUCUA